ACCAUCUGCUUCUUUUGCCUCUCCUCAGGAGAGAGGAAAAGUUAGUCUCUUGAUCAUCCAAGCUUUAUUUAUAUCAAACAUGCUUUUCUGAAUUGUGAGUAAUCCACAGAUAAGGAAAUAUAAAGGGUCCCAACAUGGGAAUGCAGCUCAUAAGUCAAUACAUUUCUGAAAAGGAGGAAGAUGAGAGGAUGACUUUAGGAGACGUAAAUAGCACAUGAGAAAGACAUAAAAAUUGAUGGCUGGAUCCAUUCCUUAAUAUGCUUUUAUAUGUGAUUCAAUCAGUGGAAGAGGCAAGAAGGAAAAUGCAUUAUAGCAGCAGUGCUAUAACUGUAAAUCACUUCAGAAUCACAGAGCAUGACAAGCUGAGAAGGCUAAUGGUGUCUCCAAGAAAGAAUUCACUGCAGUAAUCAGAAAAGAGAGAAAGAUUGGGGGAAAAAAACCCUAAGACCAAAAGUCCAGAAGAUGGCAUAGUAAUAAAUUAACCUUCCAGCGAGCUGGGAUCCUUUUUCGCCUCUGCAUGCAAUGUUUGGACUGAUCUGAAGCUUUCGUUUUGGACUGAAGGGACUUGUCCACUGCUUGCCCUGGAAACCUUUCUCUCCUAAUUCAUGAGCCAGCAGGAUGCGGUCGCUGUGCUUUCAGAACGCCUUCUCAUAGCUGCGUACAAAGGCCAAGUGGAUAAUGUGGUGCAGCUUAUCAACAAGGGUGCCAAGGUAGCAGUUACCAAGCAUGGCCGUACCCCUCUACAUCUUGCUGCCUACAGGGGGCAUCUUCGUGUUGUGCAGAUUUUGCUGAAGGCAGGCUGUGACCUGGACAUUCAGGAUGAUGGUGAUCAGACAGCCUUGCACCGGGCUACUGUUGUAGGAAAUACAGAUGUAAUAGCAACUCUCAUUCAAGAGGGGUGCGCUUUAGACAGACAAGACAAGGAUGGGAAUACAGCGCUUCAUGAAGCAUGUUGGCAUGGAUUCAGUCAGUCUGCCAAACUGCUCGUUAAAGCAGGAGCUAAUGUUCUUGCCAGAAACAAGGCAGGUAACACACCGCUGCACUUGGCCUGCCAAAAUAGCCAUUCACAAAGUACUCGUGUUUUGUUACUUGGAGGGUCUCGGGCAGAUCUCAAAAAUAAUGCAGGAGAUACCUGUUUGCACGUUGCUGCUCGUUAUAAUCACUUGCCCAUCAUUAGGGUACUCCUCAGUGCUUUCUGUUCUGUCCAUGAAAAGAACCAGGCUGGCGAUACUGCACUUCAUGUAGCUGCUGCAUUAAAUCAUAAAAAGGUGGUCAAACUCUUACUGGAAGCAGGGGCUGAUGGGUCAAUUGUCAACAAUGCAGGUCAGACUCCUCUAGAGGUUGCUAGACAGCAUAAUAAUCCUGAUGUUGCGCUUCUCCUUGCUAAGGCACCACAGGUCUUGCGCUUUAACCGUGGAAGAAGCCUUAGAAAGAAGAGAGAAAAGCUCAAGGAGGAAAGACGAGCUCAGUCUGUGCCAAGAGAUGAGGUGGUGCAGAGCAAGGGCAGUGUCUCAGCUGCUGAGGAUACUCACAGCAGUGAUCAGGUGCCUCAGAGGAAAGGAGAUCUGAAAGAUGAACCACGGUCAACUUCACCAGAGCCCAAAGGAAAGAACAACAAAAAGAAAAAGCCAAGAGAAAAGAUUUCAGCACUCUCAGACCCUGCUUCACCAGCUGACCAGCAGACACUCCCUGGUCCCCAGCAGAGCUUACCUAAGCAUCGUAGAAGUAAACAUCGUUGCUCAUCUCCACCACCCCCACAUGAGUUCAGAGCCUACCAGCUUUACACGCUGUAUCGUGGAAAGGACGGUAAAGUAAUGCAGGCCCCAAUAAAUGGAUGUCGUUGUGAGCCACUGAUUAAUAAACUGGAGAAUCAGCUGGAGGCAACUGUGGAGGAGAUAAAAGCUGAGUUUGGGACAGUGCAGGAUAAGAUGAAUAUCAAGCUGGGCCAGAUGGAAAACAAAACUCAACAUCAACUCCGUGUUUUAGAUAAGUUAAUGGCUGAGAGGCUGUCUGCAGAGAGAACAGAGUGCCUUCAUCGCCUUCAACAGCAUGCUGAGCUCGAAAAAAAUGAGGGAGAGAAACGGCAGAUUUCUUUGGUGGAUGAAUUGAAAAGCUGGUGCAUGUUAAAGAUUCAGAAUCUGGAGAUGAAGCUUUCUGGAGAUUCUAGAUCUUCAAGACCAAAAUCAACUCUGUCCACUUGUGAGUCCCUCACAGAGACCCUGGAUACAGAGAACCUCCAUAGUGCGAAGGACUGUAAAACUAACCAGAGCCCACCACAGUCAGAGGACUCACAGCAGCAUUCCUAUAUCACACUUCAGAAUAGUCUCUCAGAAGACAUGGGAAGGAGUAGAGGCCAGACAUCAGAACAAAGCUUUGGAAAGCAUUAUUUUGCUGUUGAACAAGACACUGCAUCAGGUGCAGAGCAACAAAUGACAGCUGCUGGUCCAGCUCCUUCUGCAGUCCCUCAAGUUGUUAGGCGUAAAGACAAAGCUUUUAGCUCCACUGCUUUCGACAGGUUCCAGCAGGAAGAACCAUUGUCAGAGCAUUCAGGUUCCAAAUUAAGACAUGUUAAGGUACAAACUGCUUUGCACCCCUUGAUUGAAUUUGCAAAGACUGAGCAACAGAGUGGCUACUUCAUAGACAAAGGAACUCAAACAAAGAAGUCUGGCAAAAGUGGGCAGUCAAGACACAGGCCCCAGCAACACACAGUAACACAUCAUACCCAGCCACAGCAACCAUCCGCUCUGCCUGGAGAUCAACCAGCCCCUCAGAUCAAAGACACUUCACAAGCUUUGGAGAUUACUCAGUACUUUUUUGAGGCUGUUUCCACUCAAAUGGAAAAGUGGUAUGAGCGGAAGAUUGAAGAAGCCCAGUGCCAAGCUAAUCAAAAAGCACAGCAAGACAAAGCUGCACUCAAGGAGCAUAUUAAAAGUUUAGAAGAGGAGCUCAAUAAAUUAAGGACUAAGGUGCAAAAAGAAAGCUAGCGUCAAGGAAACAGGUGCAGGCAUGGAAAUUGAGGAAUUAGUUUUUAUGUGAACUGCAGUGUGGCUGAUUUGGGGAUCUAUUAGUAUGUAGAAUAUUGCACCCAAUACUUACAAAUAUAAAAACUGCCUCUUUUUAAUGAGAUGUAAUUUUAGAAUUUAGAAGUUCCAGAAAUACCAGGAUCAAAUAUCCAAAAAGACACUGUCCGUGUAGUCAUAACAGUAAGUCUCUGCAGAUGGGACACUCUCAUGAGAUACAUUUUACCAUGAUCCCAUACAAUUUUACAGUCAGAGAUAAGAAUUGCCAGGUACUUCAUCAUCAGGUACCAAUAACCCAAAUCACAUUCUGAAGGGAGAGUUUUCCCAUUUCCUUGUAGGUUUCAGAGUAGCAGCCGUGUUAGUCUGUAUCCGCAAAAAGAACAGGAGUACUUGUGGCACCUUAGAGACUAACAAAUUUAUUAGAGCAUAAGCUUUCGUGGACUACAGCCCACUUCU